GUCACAUCCCCCUCCCCCGGCGGGGGCGGGGCUGGUCCGGCCCGCCCUCCCCCUCCUCCAUAAAGGACGCUGCCCGGGAGGCGCGUGCUUGGGGCGCACCGGGAGACCGCAGGUAGGGCUGGGUCUCGGCCUGGUUGGGCAUUAGAGAAGGCGGGCGGGCCCCGGGCGGGCUGUAUUCGCAGCCCUAGUGAGCCCUGCGUCUCCUCCGCACCAGAGCGCCCCGGAAGCCGUAGACAUUCGCUCGACUGAGAACCAUGAAAGUGACCGAGAAGACUGGCCAGGCCCCGUCGUGGGCGCUGCCCGCCCUGCUGCUGGCGCUGGUCGUGCGCGGGGCGGCGACCGAUGCGCCCACCUUCCCGUGGCGGGAUGCGGAGACGCGUGAGUGGCUAGUGUGUGGCCAGUGUCCGCCGGGCACUUUCAUGCUACGGCCCUGCAGCCGGGGCAGCCCCACGGCGUGCCGCGCGUGCCCGCCGCGUCACUACACGGAGUUCUGGAACUACCUGGAGCGCUGCCGCUACUGCAACGUCAUCUGCGGGGAGCGCGAGGAGGAGGUGCGGCCGUGCACCAGCGCCCACAACCGCGCCUGCCGCUGCCAGCCCGGCUUCUUCGCGCACGCCGGCUUCUGCCUGGAGCACGCACAGUGCCCGCCCGGCGCGGGUGUGGUCGCCCCCGGCACCCCCAGCCAGAACACGCAGUGCCAGCCAUGCCCCCUAGGCACCUUCUCGGCCGGCAGCUCGAGCUCAGAGCGCUGCCAGCCCCACCGCAACUGCACGGCCCUGGGCCUGACCCUCAACGUGGCGGGCUCUUCCUUCCAUGACGCCCUGUGCACCAGCUGCCCCAACUUCUCCCUCAGCACCCUAGAGCCAGGUGAGCUCCGCCUCCAGCCUGCAGUCUCUGGAGCUAGGCCUGAGUCAAGCCUGGAGCGUGAAGCACUCCAGGUGGUCUCUGGGCCCGAGGAGACUGCCUCAGAGGCAGGUAAGAUACGAUCCCACCUCACGUUGGGAGAGAGACCCAGAGCGUUCCAACAGUGGCCCCAGGUCCGCCACGCCUCUACUCCAAGCCCUCCCCUGAAGCCCACCUCGCCCCUCGCAGCCGCCACAAGCACGCUCCCCGCCCCAGCCCCGAAUCCCCCUCGCUGCUCCCCCUCCGCCAGACACGCCCCCACCGCGCGUCCUGCCGCCUGGGCGGCACACUCAUCUCCUGGGAUCCCGCCGCUGGUCUCGCCUUCGGGUCUGACCAGCGACCCCCGCCCCCACGCUCCUGCGCCGAUGGGCUCGUUUUCCACCUUUGCUCGUCCAGCGCUUCUACCCCCAGCGGUCAGCCCGUGAGGGACUGACCCGAGCCCCUGUCCUCCCGCAGGGCACGAGGAGUGCGAGCGCGCCCUCCUGGACUUCGUGGCUUUCCAGGACAUCUCCUUUAAGAGGCUCCUGCGGCUGCAGCAGGCCCU